UUAUUCUUGGAUUCUAAUGAAUUUCUUUGUGUGUUAUUUGCAGAUUAUGUUCGUCUUCACGGUUUCGUGUUCCAAGUAGUUGGAGGUUUUGGAUCGUAUUCGAGGCGAUGAUCUGAUCAAUAAAAAUGAUCCCACCUUGUCGACUUCUUUACAUCAAAUAGUCGCCGUGUCUACGACACUUCUAAAUUCUUCGUAAAUUUUUACCUCGACCCAUUCGACAAAUAAUUCAAAAAACAGCGGAAAAUUCGUAGUAACUUUUUAAACAACUCAAGGCCAUUCUAGAGCAUGCGUGAAAUAAUCUCGGUUCAUAUCGGUCAAUGCGGAGUACAACUUGGUAACGCUUGCUGGGAGUUAUACGGAGUCGAGCACGGAGUCUUACCGGACGGCUACUUGGAACCGGUCGGACCGUGCGAGACUGGAAUGAACGCAGUGAAAACAUUCUACUACGAGACAGAUAACUAUAAAUACGUACCCAGAGCUGUAUUUGUCGACUUCGAACCGACCGUCAUCGAUGAAGUACGAAAUAACCAAUACGGGAGACUGUUUCGACCCGAAUCACUGAUCAGCGGCAAGGAAGACGCAGCCAACAUUUACGGUCGAGGUUACUAUACAUUGGGCAAAGAGAUGGAAGGCGCUGUACUCGAUCAAAUUCGCAGAGAGGCAGAUAAGUGUAACAAUCUUGGAGGAUUCUUCAUGUUUCACUCGAUGGGAGGUGGCACCGGUGCCGGAUUUACCAGCUUGCUGUUGCAGAAAUUGGCCGUAGAGUAUCAGAAAAAGAAUAAAUUGGAGUUCGUCAUUUAUCCGUGUCCUAGAUUAUCCACAGCCGUAGUCGAACCCUACAAUGCGGUACUGAUGUCCCACAACACCAUGGACACGACUGAUUGCGCCUUCCUGAUGGACAACGAAGCCCUAUACGAGAUCUGCCAACGUCACCUCGACAUGGCUAAGCCAACGUACGUGCAUCUGAAUCGCUUAUUCGGCCAAGUGACUUCGGCUCUGACAGCGCCGAUGCGAUUCGAAGGCGCGACUCACGUGACGUUCUCCGAAUUCCAAACGAAUCUGGUACCUUAUCCUCGUAUUCACUAUCCGUUGGUAUCUUACGCGCCUUUUACGUCGAUUGCCAAAGCUGGUCAUGAAAGAGACACGGUCGGUAUCCUGACCGAGAUGGUAUUCCAAAGGCAUCACCAAAUGCUGAAAGUGGAUCCGACCAGAGGGAAGUAUAUGGCUUGCGUUAUGCUCUAUCGUGGCCUUGUACCGCCGAAUGCGGUCAAUAUCGCCAUCAGGUAUUUGAAAGCUUUCAAAUUGAAGUUCGUCGAUUGGUGUCCGACUGGAUUCAAGAUCAGUAUCAAUUAUCAGCCGGCUGCCUGCGUUCCCGGGAGCGGAUUGGCUGUUGGAAAUGCUGCCUUGUGCGGUGUUACUAAUUCGACAGCUAUUGCCGAAGUAUGGGCCAGAGUUAACUAUAAAUUCGAUCUAAUGUAUUCGAAAAGAGCCUACGCUCAUUGGUAUCUCGGCGAAGGUAUGGACGAACAAGAAUUCAUCGACGCCAGAGAAGACCUAGCCGCUUUAGAAAAAGACUACGAGGAAUGCGGCAAAGAUAGCAAAAAAGAUGACGCCGAAGGCGGCGGCGGUGGCGAAGAAACCUCCAGCGAAGGAGAUGCAAGUGGCACCACCAUGUUCCCGACCACAUUCAGAACUACGGCUAUGCCCACUACCACCAUGAUGACCACCAUGAUGAUGUCCACGCAGCCCGGCACCACGACGCAGGAAGGAAUAGAUUUGGAUUACAUGGAAAUAGGACUACCUCGUAAGCCUACCGGUCGACCGAGGAGUACUACUGCCACCAGCGUUACCGUAGGUCCUACGGCGAUGGAUUUGGAAAUGGAGACCACGACGAUGGGAUCUACGACGAUGGGCACUACGUCGAAGGGCACGCGAAAAGCCGGCGGUGGUGGCAAAUCGAAAAGUCCCAAAAAGGGCAAAUAAUAUUCCUCGUCAUCUCUCUUCUUUUUUUUAUACCGAUUCGACGUCUUCAUUUUUGUAUAUCGCUUUCGACGACGAUUUAUUAUUUAUUGUUUUUUGAUGGGUUUCGAAACGGAAUAAAAUUCAUGGCGAUUUUU